AUGAAGACGGAGGUGGUUGUGGACACUCCUAUAGUCCUUUCAAAAAGAUCUCCACGGACAAAAGACAUGGAAAGAUCGCCGCAGACAAAUGGCGCAACUCGCCAGUUGACACCGCUUCGGCCGUCAUCGAGAUCCUCCUCUACGCCAGAUCCGAUACUCUCACAAACCUUGUGGGAUACUAUGAGCCGCACAACUCCUCAGUUGACACAGUUGCGGCGGUCAUCGGGAUCCUCGUCCACACCAGAUCCGAUACUAUCCCAAACCUUACGGGAUACUAUGAGUGGCACAAGUCGCCAGUUGACACCGUUGCGGCCGUCAUCGAGAUCCUCCUCUACGCCAGAUCCGAUACUCUCUCAAACCUUGCGGGAUACUAUGAGGGCAAAGGGAUAUGGAAAACGUGCUGAUCCAAGGUCCCAAGUGUCCUCAACAAGCAAGCCAUCCCCAGCCAGCAAAUCCAUUGUCGUCAUUGACAGCCCACCAAAGAAAACAAGAGUCUACGUGGAAAAUCCGGUACCUAAGACACCAGCUUCUGUACCACAGAAAAAGUAUAAACUACCUAGCGAACGAGUUAGGAAUGGAAGAGAGGACGAGGCCGGGGGAUCGCGCCGUACAUCAUCAGCUGGCCAUCUAUCAAUCAAACCCCGACCUCUAGUCGUUCCGGCUCUCACAAGUUUCAUUUCCGCGGAUGGUACGCCCGUACCGGCCCUCCAACGCGAACAAGAAGACACGCCUAAAUCACACCAAAGCGUGAAAUCAAAACGCUCCCGCGACAGCACUCCCAAUGAUCAACCCACUAGAAAAAAGAUACGCACGAGCUCUUCCAGUCGAUCUUCAUUCAUUGACGAGGGGAAAAUAGGGCCUAAGCCGCCUAUCUAUCGCAUAGGGGAUGUAGUCUGGGUUACUGCCCACCUGAACCUAACGGAACCCAAUGACUCAUUCACCAUUAAAGACCAGAAAUCACCAGAACAAUCCCACGAGAUAAAUCUCAAAGUCCUCAAAGAGGAUCUAACGUACUGGCCCGCGGUGAUUACAUCUGUUUACCUUCCAUCGACCGACCCGACAGCUUUCGAGGAUGUUUGGGUUACUCCUAUCAGCUUUGUCUCUAAUCGCAUCAUCAUUCCUGCUCACCGGUAUCACAACAUCGCAUCAGCAUGGACCGGUAAAGCGUACGGCGUCCAUCUCGUCACAACGCAACUACAAUUCACUAUUCUUGAAGAAUGCCUCCACCCGUUUGCUUGGAUGUGUAAACCAGCAACUCGACUAAGUCCAAACUUUGUCCGAUCAAUCCAAACGGAAGACGCUCUUCUCCACACUUUCUUGCGAGCUGUGAAUAUGGCGUGUGAAUAUGCUAGGCAGGUAAUAUUUGUAUACGGUCGAGCUCCAAGAAUCGUCAGUGAGGGCAUAGGACCAGGCAGUGUGACGUGGGACGAGGUACAAGUCGGGACUGAGCGGAUCAUGACGGGCGAUGUGAUCCGUGCAUCUACACCAAAAUAUCCGAGAGGGUUAUUCGAAAUUGAGCGGAUUCGUUGGACGAGAGGUCAACCUGUGACAUUUGUGGUUUGUGCUGUAGCUAUGGUGAAAGCCAAGGAAGGGGAAGAAAAUGAUGUCACAUACUUUAUGGAGGUGGGUAUACCAUAUGUGCUCAGAAAAAGGCGAGCUGAUAGUUUUGAGAUUCCAUUUGGAAACGUUUUGGGACGGUUUUAUCCGGGGAUGAGUGAGGUCAAUGGGAGAGUAGGACCGCGGGAGAAGAUGCAGGUCUCAGAUCGACUGAUAGAGUUGAAAUGA